AUGGCGUCCCCCUCGGGAGCAGGAGCAGGAUCCAGCUCGCAAUCGACCAGCAACAGCAACAGCAACAGCAGCGCAGCCAUCAUCCUCACCCGACAAUUCAAACAAAUGCAAACCGACAAGGACAUUCCCGGAAUCAGCUGUGGAUUAGUGGGGAAUAGUGUAUUUGAAUGGGAAGUCAUGUUGAUGCUCAGUGACGAGCAGGAUAGUCUUUAUGGAGGAGGAAUCUUCAAAGCCCGCCUGAAAUUCCCCCCUCAAUACCCCCACCAACCUCCCAAACUGAAAUUCGAAACUCCCCUCUUCCACCCCAACGUCUACGAAAGCGGAGAAGUAUGCAUUUCCAUCUUACACCCUCCGGAAGAUGAUCAGUAUGGUUAUGAGAGUGCCAGUGAGAGAUGGAGUCCCGUGCAGACUCCCGAGACGAUUUUGUUGAGUGUUAUUAGUAUGUUGGGCAGUCCGAAUGAUGAGAGUCCUGCGAAUGUUGAGGCGGGGAAGAUGUGGAGGGAGGAUCGGAAGGAGUUUAAACGGAGGGUUAGGAGGUGUGUUAGGGAUAGUCAGGAGUGUGCUUGGGAGUGA